CACAGGAAGUUAGUUCCUGUUUCAGGUAGCACUACAGGUAGUGAGUGAGGUGUUGGGCGUUAGCUUAUCGUCGACGGCUUUUUUAAAAAACAAAGAACAAGAGUAAGUUUAAACUCGGUUUCUUUGGAUAAUUUGAUUCAGUUCCUCGCCAGCUUUAAGUGGACAGACAGUGUCAGGAUGAAGGCAGAGGGGUCGAUGGCCAAUAGGCCAGAUAACACCGCGUUCACACAGCAGCGACUUCCUGCCUGGCAGCCCAUUCUUUCCGCUGGCAUCGUCAUCCCCGGCUUCACUCUCAUCGGCCUGGCCUUUAUCGGCAUCGGAGUGGCUCUCUUUGUCACCUCGCAGAACAUUAAAGUACUGGAGAGAGAUUACACAGGCAAUUCGGACGAUUCUUCCUGUACCCAGUGCAUCGACCCUGCUAAAAUAAACUGCGUAUGUGAGGUCAAAUUCUCCUUCAGUGAGCUUUUUGAGGGUCCUGUCUUCUUCUACUAUGGCCUGUCUAAUUAUUAUCAGAACUACAGAUCAUACGGCGUGUCUGUAGACCCCAACCAACUGGUGGGAGACACAAAGUACUUUCUGUCUCCAGACAGCACCUGCUCUCCCUAUCAGAAUGAUUCCAGCGGGACGCCUGUUGUUCCCUGUGGAUCCAUAGCAAACAGCAUGUUCAAUGACUCCUUUAAGCUAUACCAGACUGUCAAUGGGCAGAAGACGCUGGUUCCAUUUGACAGGAAAGGAAUUGCAUGGUGGACGGAUUACAACAUCAAAUACAGGAAUCCUACUCCUGUCAACGGCUCCUUCGCUAAGGCUUUCACAGGUACAACAAAGCCCGUAAACUGGCCAAAGCCAGUGUACGAGCUGGACCCAAAUGACCAGGCCAAUAACGGCUUCCUGAACCAGGACUUUCUGGUGUGGAUGAGGCGUGCAGCACUUCCUAACUUCAGGAAGUUGUACGGGCGAAUCACAGGAGGAGCUUAUGCAGAUGGCUUGCCUGCUGGAAACUAUACCUUAGAGAUCAACUACAACUACCCUGUACGGAGCUUUGACGGCAAAAAGACAGUGGUGUUCACCAAUGUUUCCUGGAUGGGAGGAAAGAAUCAGUUCCUGGGCAUUGCCUACCUUGUGAUAGGUUCUCUCUGCAUUGUCAUGGCAGUAGUCAUGCUCAUCGUUUACGCAAAAUACAAGUUUCCAGACGACGAUAGUGCAUAAUGCGAUUGUACUUACGCUUGUAGUAUGAAAAUUGUGAAUUUGUCACCUUUAGUUUUAUUUUUUUAGUCCUCAGAACGUCCCAGUUAGAUCACAGGUUUUGCUAUAACUGUUGUAACAUUUUUCAGGUUUGAAUCUGAAACGGAGUAAGAAGCUGGACCAAGAGCAUACAGCAUAUACUUUACAGUACUCAUGAUAAAUAAGAUUGAUCAGUUGAAUUAAAGGUGAAGAAAUAUUUGUUUUAUCCAGGAUUUAAGGAAAAAUCCACCCUUGCAUAAUAGUCUUUAUAAUUAACAUGUCAACGACGUACAAGAUUCCGAGUUGGCUUUUUUUUUUUUUUUUUGGGUUUAAACUUCUUUCAUGAACAUAUUGCUCUAUUGUCACUAUUUUCACUACAUUACCAACAAUGCCAUUUGACUACCUGCUGAUAGUGGUACCAGUAGGAAUUCAUUUCUACCUAAUGAAAGCGAUGCAGCAGCGCUUGAGCUCUCUAGUCUGUCCAGCUCUCUCACCUCCUCAUCUACACACUCUGCUCAAAGAGAUCAGCUUCGCUGAUGCGCCAUUGCGCUGGUUAUCUCGUGGAUAACCACCUAGCCAAGCCGAGUUUCUCAUUACAACUGCGUUGUGUAACUACGUCCUUCAGGAACUUUGAGUCUAAUAUUUGCUGUCUCUAGUACUUAUACGUAAACAGCAAAACCUGAGCAUUAUCACUUACUAUACGGAUAUCUGAGAUUGUUUAAAUUAUUUCUCCUAUUAAACGCCAUUGUAACUGUCCUAGUAAUGUGAUGUGCCUCCCACAGGUGACCUCAGCAUGUCACGACCUCUAGCUUCUCAGAGGAAUAACGAAAAUACAGCACCGACCAGCAAAUUAACACAAGAGUCACUAAGCACAUCACAUAUAUUUCAAUAGGAACAUAUUUAAUGUGUGUCAGGGUGGAAUUUUCCUUGAAAGGCUACACUGACUCAGAAGGUAGACACAAAUACAGACCCCUUGGUCUUACAAAAUACACUGAUGACACUGAUGACUGAUGACAUUUAAUGUUAAACUUUUGCUGUCCUCAAACUAAAGAAGUUUUAAAAGGAAUCAUGAGACUCUUAAUGCUGCUGCUCAGUAAUUUUUUUUCCAUCCUCUUCACUCUGUUUGUAUUUGUGUUCAGAAAGAUGAGUAGCACUCUUAGGCUCUGGUGUUUCUCAGGGGAUGUUUGAAAGUUAAUUCAUCUCCUUUACAGCCAUAGUUGAAAGCCACCACACUGUUUUUUAUAUCUCUGUGUUUAUUUAAUUAUAGCUAAACGGUCAUCUUCUAACUUUACUCCACAUAUGAGGAUUUGGGACUCUGUUACUAAGCAAUUGCAAUUUAAGUAUUGAGCUUUAAAAUGAGUAGGUUUGCUUUUCUGACUUUAUCAAGCCAUAUUUAACAAUAAUUUAAUAAUGAUCUGAAACGCAUCAUUUAACUGUAUUAUUCGAAAUAGUCCUAAUUUAAGAGUAAUUAAUUAUACCUAUUAUAUGCCUUUUGUAUUAUUGGACUUUUCUCAGAGAAACUUUUUACCUCCGUGUUCGAAACUUCUCUCUUUUGUAAAAUCAGAUAGUAGUUGGUGAGGACUUUUCAGGGACUGCUGCACUUUUUUUUUUUUUAUAUAUAUAUUGUUGUCUCAGGGUGUGUAAAUACAGGGUAAAUUUAAUAUUUUUGUAAAAAAAAAAUUGCUGUGUUGUAACUGUGUUGGAAAAGCCAAGUUUAUGCCAGUGUAACACAACAGUGCCUUACUUGUAUUCAUGCCAACCAGUGACUUCCGGAUAAAGUUAAAGGUGCACUAUGUGAGAA